ACCAAACUGUGACCUUUGUCUGAUCAUUUCGUCUCUCCUUCCCUUAAUUGUUUCUUUGCAUCAUAAGCAGAAGUGGAGUUAGUAGUAGUAAUUAGUAAACGUUUGGGAGUUUUUGUGGGUCUGCAAGUAUUUGCGUCACUGUUUUCAAAAUAAGGAUCCUAAAUCAAUUAAUUCACAGAAUCUGUGAUGUUGUGUUUUUUUCUGAAAUCUUUCCUUUUAAUUCUUGCAACAUGCUAAAGUAUGAGUCUUUUUACCCGAGAAAAAUAGCAGUUUUCCCGAGAAAAAUUUGAAAACCAGGUCCCUAAAGCUAAAGCUAGAAACUAGUAAAAGCUAAAGUAGUGGAUUUUGUAGAUGCCAAGUUUCGAUUUUUGAGCCUUUUAAGUUUUAAGCUCUUUUCUGGAUUUCGUUUUUCUCGUUGGCUCCUUUAUUCGCCGAGCAAUACAUCCGUUUUCCCGAGGAACUGUUGCGUAAAUCAUUGCCGACAAAACCUCAUCCCCCAGAAAGAUCGUCAAUUUCUACAAUUUUGAACUCGUUGUUUUUUAAAAAGCUGCUUUUGAGCUCUUCCUCCGGAUCAUUUUCGAAAUGGGUCUGUGUUAUUCAGUAGAUCGAACUACUGGGAAAGAACCAGGAGACACCAGCACCACCGCCUCUGCGACGGAGACGACUGAUGACAGAUUAGGCUCCGGCCGGUGGCGGCGGCCGAGAGAUUUGAUUGGCGGCGGCGAAAUCGAAGGGAUUCAACAGGUUCUGGGUCGCUUGGUUUCGAAUGGUUCUAGUAAGGUUGCAUGUCUUUACACUCAGCAAGGCAGGAAAGGAACUAACCAGGACGCCAUGCUCGUCUUUGAGAACUUUUGUUCGAGAGAUGAUACAGUGUUUUGCGGUGUUUUCGAUGGACAUGGACCAUUUGGUCACAUGGUUGCCAAGAAAGUACGAGAUACAUUGCCCUUCACUCUCUCAACCCAAUUGAAAAUGACCUCAGAAUCGGAACAAAGCCUGUUAGUGAAUGAGAACGAUUUGCAAAUCAAAGGUACAGAGGAAGAAGAAGUGCAGAAAACUGAGUCCGUUACUACAAUGGAUGAGCAAUGGUGUGAGCUAAAUCCAAAUGAGAGCAAUGAUGAACUUCCCGAGAUGUAUCUGCCUCUUAAACAUGCGUUGCUUAAGUCUUGUCAGCAGAUAGAUAAAGAGCUGAAAAUGCAUCCAACUAUUGAUUGCUUCUGCAGCGGAACAACUUCAGUCACUUUGAUCAAGCAGGGUGAGGAUUUGGUGGUUGGAAAUAUUGGUGACUCCAGAGCCGUUCUUGCCACAAGAGACGAAGACAAUGCUUUGAUCGCUGUACAAUUAACUGUAGACUUAAAACCGGAUUUGCCAGGUGAAUCAGCGAGAAUCCAGAAAUGUAAAGGAAGAGUCUUUGCAUUGCAAGACGAGCCUGAGGUAGCUCGUGUAUGGUUACCAAACAGCGAUUCACCUGGUUUAGCAAUGGCUCGAGCUUUUGGAGACUUUUGUCUCAAAGAUUACGGAUUGAUCUCUAUACCAGAUAUCAGUUACCGCCGCCUAACGGAACAAGACCAAUUCAUUAUUAUUGCUAGCGAUGGGGUAUGGGAUGUGUUGUCGAACAAAGAAGCUGUUGAUAUAGUUGCUUCAGCUCCUAGCCGAAGCACAGCGGCUCGAGCUCUAGUGGACACAGCGGUUCGAUCAUGGAGAAUCAAGUACCCAACUUCCAAGAACGAUGACUGUACUGUAGUCUGCCUUUUUCUACAAGAUUCAUCAGUGGCCAUGGAAGUGUCAAGCAAUGCAAUGAAGCAUUCACACAAAGAAGAGCCCAUAGAGAGUGUCAGUAACAGUAUCAGCAAGGAGGAUGACGAGAUUGUCCCCGUUAAAGAAGAAAAAAUCCCUGCGAGUUGCGGGAUUGAGUCGAAGAUGAUGACAAUGACACUUGCGGAAUGUAUUUCGGUUGCACAGGAUGACGAGGAGUGGUCGGCUUUGGAAGGGUUGACGAGGGUUAAUAGUCUCUUGAGCAUUCCAAGGUUCUUCUCUGGUGAGCUUAGAUCAACAAGCUGGAGAAAAUGGUUGUGACUUUUUUGACUUGUGAUUCCAUGUUAAAUCCGACAAAAACACUUCAUAUCACGAUGUUCUUUUGUUUCAUAUCCAACUUUCUUUUUUUCUUUUUCAUUUUUUUUUCAUGGAAGUUCUUUGCAAAUAUAUAAUGUUCUUUUGUUUGUUUCAAUACAUUUCAUACAUGUGAGAUUGUUCAUGUUAGUUGACACUA